AUGUUGGAAAAGUUUGUUCGGGCGCAGACUGGAAGUGGCCAUGGACAUUCUCAUGGACAUGCCCAUCCUUCGCCGCCCGUGCAGAAUGGCGGGGCAUCACCGGCAUCGAGCAAGACUACUAUAGCGAGGAAGCGAACUGUUUUCAAGGAGGACAAAGACGAAGCGGGCAUGCCUGAAGAGGAACCGAUGGUACUCAAGGAACCGGGUAAGAAGCCCAUUGCAGCUGCUGGUUUCCUCAACUUGGCUGCGGAUUUCUCGCAUAACUUUACCGACGGCUUAGCUAUCGGUGCCACUUUCCUGCGCGGUACGGGCUGGACCACAACGGUGGCAAUGUUGCUGCACGAAUUGCCUCAUGAGAUCGGAGACUUUGCUAUCCUCAUCCAGUCUGGUUUCACUCGACGUGAAGCUAUGAUCACGCAACUGUUGACUGCCAUUGGAGCCAUGAUUGGCACGAUCAUCGGUCUGCUCAUGGAAGGCGCCGGCGACUCGAGUUCCGUGUGGAUCUCACCGUUCACGGCAGGUGGCUUUAUCUACAUUGCAUGUACCAGCGUCAUGCCGGAGCUACUGGAAGACUGUUCUCUAGCCCAGUCACUGAAAGAGGCUGGCGCUAUGUGUGCUGGCAUUGGGCUCAUGACCCUCAUUGCGUUGAGCGAAUAG